AUGAAUGAUACGAGUAAUGAAUCAUCGGAUGAGAUUCAUAGCACAUCACAAAAUAAUGUUAGUAGUGAUUAUUACUCAAAUGAUGAAGAAACAGUUUCAUCAAUAAAAGAUUUUAUUGCAGGAAAUAUUUCAAUUUCUCCAAUUGUGUUUAAUCAAACAGAUGACGAAAUUAUGGCAUUUCAUAAAGAUUUUGUAACAACAGAAGAGACAGAAGAAAUAGAUACAGAAAAUUUAUGCCAUAAAAUAAAUAAUUUACAUUCUUUUAAUAUUGGUAAUGAAUCUUGUAAUCAAAAAACAAACAAAAGUAAAGAAAUAAAUUUUACAAUGUCUGAUUUUGUAAUAGGUAAACCCAUGGGAUCAGGUCAAUUUGGUAGAGUUUACCUAGCUAAAACAAGAAAAGAACAAUUUAUUUGUUGUUUAAAAAUAAUUAACAUGAAAAAAUUAAAUGCCCAUAAAUAUUAUAAAUUACUUGAAACAGAAAUUACUAAUCAACAACGUUUAAAUCAUCCAAACAUUUUACAAUUAUAUAAUUGGUUUCAAAAUAAUAAUAAAAUUGUCCUUAUUCUUGAAUGUGCUUUAUAUGGAUCAAUGGCAAAUGAUAUGAAGAUGACUGAGAAAGGAUAUUAUGAUGCUAAAAUUGCCUGUAAAUAUACUAUUCAAGUUACUGAUGCCCUGUCUUAUUGUCAUUCAUUAAAUGUUAUACAUAGAGAUUUGAAAACAGAAAAUAUUUUAUUAGAUCAUUAUAAAAACAUCAAAUUAUGUGAUUUUGGUUGGAGUAUAGAAACGAAAGAUAAAAGAAAAACAUUUUGUGGAACAGCAGAAUACCUACCACCAGAGAUGUUAAUUGAUAGGAGAGAAAUUUCAUAUGGAAAAAAAGUUGAUAUAUGGGCAUUAGGAAUUUUGAUAUUUGAGAUGCUAUCUGGAGAUACACCAUUUUCUGGAAAUUCUGUAGAACAUAUUAUAUCUAGAAUAAGAACUGGAAGAUUUCAUAUGCCAUGUAGUAUUGAUGGUGAGGCAAGAGAUUUAAUAAAAAAAUUAUUAAAAAGAAAUCCGGAAAAAAGAAUAAAUUUUAAUGAUAUCCUUAGUCAUCCAUGGAUUCAAAUAUAUUUUCCAAAUGAUAAAAGUUAA